CAAAUAACGGUUUGUUUUGAACAGUUCAUAUUGAGAUUUAACGGAAAAAUAUUUUUCAAAUAUUCGCCAAAAAAAAUAUAAAUUGUGACAAAAAAUCAUUUAAAAAUAAAAGAAUUUCGUUUUUUGUGCGGCCUAAAACAAGAACAACGGCAAAGCAGUAGCACAGCAAAAUCAAUUAACGAAACCGUAAGACAGCAACGCUAACCACAAGUAUUUUAACAGCAUUCACUGUAACAGCAACAACAACAACACCGACAACACCAACAACAGCUACUUACUAUACAAAAACAAUAAUAAAAAUAUAAGGCUAAUAAAUAGAAUAGCAAAAAUAGAUUCAAAUGAAGCCUGACACCGUCAUAAGCGUUUGCUUUGCUCUGGCAACGAUCUGUGCUUGCAACAGUUGGUUAGUGAGCGCCUUUGUUGCCUCGUCACCGUCGGCUCAGUCAGUAGGAACGCUGUCGCAGUCCACUGUUGGGAAAAAUGUUGCCGCUGAACUAAUGGCGGCAUAUCCGGCCGCAACAUAUAUGAACGCAGCCACCGGAAGUGUCUCGUUUCAACCGCACGAUUCUGGGGAGCUUAAUGAGCGUGCAGUAUAUGAUCCUGGCGAUGAAUUACUCCGUGCUUUAAAUGCCGAAAUUGCGGCGAGUGGACAAGAUUUGGGUACUUUACCAGAGGAGCCAGAUUAUGCGGACACAGUUUUCAAUGAAUUGGAGGUAGCAAGUAAAUUUGACAUGCUACGUAAGUUGGAAGAUGAUUUACGUGAAGAACAGGAUAUUGUUAGCAAGUCCGCUGUUUUAAUGAAACUAUUGGAGGAUCCAACUAUCGAAGUAUUGCCACUUGUCUAUGUUGAGGAAGAUCCCGUUGAAGACGCUAAUAAUAUAUUAUUUCCCACUGGUACAGGCAUGACCAAGCGUUCUCGCUAUUACCGUCGUUAUCCUUGGAAACGACACAAUAGAAAUCGUAGCACAUAUGAGCCGGAAUUGCGUUAUGCUUGCACACCAACCAAGGAGGAUGUCUUCAAGCUUUUGGUGAAUUUACACGAGAACCGAAAGGGCAACCAUAGCAAGACAGUUAACUUCUGCAAUCGUAAACGUCCCGCUAAGGCCAUAUUCACAAAUAUAAGAUUUUUGGGUUAGGCAGCAAAUGCAGAAGAAGCAUGGAAAACACAGAUUCAUUUGAAAAAAAAAAACAUAAAUAAAUUUUCGAAAAAUAUUGAUUUAUUAAAUUUUAAAUAUAUUAUA